AUGUCUUCUAACAAAGCUGCAUCAUGGAAGCGAUGUCCCAUUGGCGAACUCGCGAGGAAACGAAAACUUUUGAGAGAUAGUUACCUUCAAGCUGAUGUCAAACGUGUAGAAUUGGUAAACGAACUGGACUGUGUUCAACACGACAUAGAUAAAAUGUCAAAAAGGGUGAGGAAAAGUUAAUAUUCAUUACUAAAAAUACUUAAAUAUUUUGUGCAGCAAAUUUCACAAAUUCAUUUUGAUGUGCAAUGUAUUUGUGCAAUGUAGAAGACUGUGCAUUGUAUAAAUGUGUUUUACGCUACUGUUUAAGGUAUAAGUAAGAACAAUAAGUAGGAUGAAUAAAUGCAGGCUAAUAACCAUGUCCCUUGCAAUAUUGACAUAAUGACAUGUGAAAAAUUAAUAAUUUUUCGUGAAUUAAAGGUUCUUAUAACAAUUAAAUUGUUAGAUUGAUCGCCAUAAGGAGAAGUUAGCUGAUCUGUGUUUAAAUGAGCAGGCGUUGUCUGAAAAACGAAGGCGACUUGAACCAAAAACCUUUGCAGGAUUUUCAAAAAGGAAGGAAACAAUAAGACAGAUGACACCAUCCACAUUAUGUCCGGACAACUCUGAGAAGCUAUGCUCGGAUAUACCAGUAAGAUCUGCCCAAAGAAGACGUAAAGAAACACUGGACGCCUCUAAAAUUAUUCACGGAAACAGUGAAGGUAUAAUGGUACUCUCAUAUUAAAAAUACUAUGAAAUAUACCUACAGGUAUAUUACAGAAUAUGGUCCCAUCUGGCUAAAUAUGCGGAUAAUACAAAUCACUCUUAGGGGCUGUUUACAUGAGCCUCCGCUGACUGGGCUCCCCCGUUGGCUCAGACGGGAUCUCAGUAAACCAGGCCCAUAAUUAUACACUAAAAUGUUAUUUUUAAAGGAAUUCAGAAAGAGCCCCGGUGCCUCGGAUUGAUGUAAAGAGCCCCUUAGUGCUGGUAUAAAUAAUAUUUGCACACCUACAUUCACAUUCUGACCAAAAAUCUCCAUUCAUUUAUAAUUUGUCUAGGUAACAAAGCUGCCCUUGAUGGUUUAUGGGUAACGUUAGCCAAUGAAUGUUCUGAACAACAGCUGCAUUCAUAUGUUGAAGCAUCACCCAAAAUGCAAAAGAUUAUUCCCAUGGUAGUUAAAACACAAACUAAAGGGUACGAAGAGAGCCAUGAUAACUUGGUAAGAAGCUUGAAGGUCCUGUAUACAAAAGGACUUCUCUCAAAAGAAAAAUACAAAGCUAUAUGUCGAAGCAUUAUUUCAGUACCAUGCACAGAAUCUUCUCCUACAAUCGCUAAUGCAAAACUUGUAUACUACGAUAAGCUUAUUGCAUUUGUUAAGUCUGUCGACAUUGACGAUAUCAAAGACUUUUCUCAUGCCUUUUGUCAAGGGUUAGAAGCGUUUGAAGAUCCAGUUAGUGGGUCUUACAGAGAUCUCUGUAGUUAUCUUUUAGUAUUAGCAGAGCUAUAUAUCUUAAUUGAUCAAGCAUUAGGGUCUAACUCGUUUAUUAGGCAUUUUGGAAGCCUGCCAAUAUAUCACUUUAGGGUUGCAUUAGGGGCUGAUGGUGCUCCUUUUGGCAAAGAAGAAGAGGCUACAGCAUGGCUUGUCUCUUUCAUUAAUGCGGCACAACACAUUCAAAGUGAAAAUGAUAAUUUUAUCAUAUGUGGGGCAAAUUGUUCUGAAGGCCACAUAGGUAUGCAAAGGUAUGCUAAAAAGUUAGUGAGUGAAAUUUCAGAUAUUGAGAAGCAAUCAUACACUGUUGCUGGUUAUUUAGUAAGAUUUUCUGUAGAACUAAUCCCCAGUGAUAUGAAAUGGCUUUCCAUUAUGUCAGGGGAGCUUAAUAAUGCUGCUUAUUACUUUUCGCCAUUCGGAAAUGUAAACGAAGGAAACAAAUCUACUACAAAUGGGGUUUUAGGCAAAGAUUCUGCAUGCACAUGGCACCCAUGGGAUUAUGACGAGCGAAUUAAAUCUGCCGAAAAUGUUGCCAAUGAACGGGAAGCUUAA